AUGCUAUGCCAUCAUUCCCUGUUGCCUCUCGUGUUUCAAACUUACUUCCUCAACCCCACCUUUUCACUCACCCCACCCAUCCGCUUCCACCCCCCCAUCCACUCCCCCCCAGCCCUUUCCUUCCCCCGCACCCUUUCAUCCCAAACCCCUCCCCUUUCCCCCGCCGCUCCGUCCAUCCCACCUUUUCUUCGCCAGUCCGUCACGCCCAAUGGCAUGCCAGGAAUUGACGGCAUGAUCUCCACGAUUGCUCACGAAAUCACCGAGGCUGCUACCAACCCUGACGUCUCGUCCGGAUGGAUGGCCUCGGACGGCGAAGAGAAUGCCGAUAUGUGCGCGUGGCAGUAUGGAGAUGUUUCACAGGACACUGAUGGUGAUGGUAAUACGUAUGACUACAACAUGGUUGGGAACGAUGGGAUGCGGUUCAUGGUUGAAGGUAACUGGGACCUGAUUACUAAUUCAUGCCAAAUUCAAGCACAGGAUGAUGGGUACUAG